AUGCCAUUGGUUCGCAAUCCCAUCUUACCAGGGUUCAAUGCUGACCCUUCCAUUGUAAGGGUCGGCACGGACUAUUACAUCGCCACAUCGACAUUUGAGUGGUAUCCAGGGGUUCAGAUACACCAUUCCAAGGACCUGGCAAACUGGGACCUUGUUGUGCGGCCGCUGAGCCGGCGGAGUCAGAUCGACUUGCGCGAUGUGAAGCGCAAGGAUGGUUCGUUCAAGGACACGCACAACUACAUUGUGACGGCGCCCGCGAUUGAAGGCCCCUGGUCUGAUCCCAUCUACGCCAACUCGUCCGGUUUCGACCCUUCUCUAUACCACGACGAUGAUGGCCGCAAGUGGUUCGUCAACAUGACCCAGGAUCACCGAGGGAGGCCGAGAACGUUUUCGGGAAUUGCACUGCAAGAAUUCGAUCCGGUCCAACGCAAGCUAGUCGGCCCUAGGAAGAUUAUCUUCUACGGCACAGAACUCGACUUAGUAGAGGGCCCCCAUCUGUAUAAGAGAAACGGAUGGUACUAUCUCUUGACGGCUGAAGGUGGCACGGGAUAUACCCAUGCCGCGACGCUUGCACGAUCGAGAAGUAUCUGGGGCCCCUAUGAGCUUCAUCCGCAAAAGUAUAUCGUAUCCUCCAGGGACCACCCGUUUGCGGCACUUCAGAGAGCUGGGCACGCCGAUUUCGUAGACACUCCCGAUGGAAAGACUUAUCUGGUGCAUCUUUCCGGUCGACCAAUUGGACAGAAGCGGAGGUGCGUAUUGGGACGAGAGACGGCUUUGCAGGAAGCAUACUGGGGUGAAGACGACUGGCUGUACGUCAAAAAUGGCCCGGUUCCGUCGUUGGAUGUUGAAGUACCAGGAACACGAGAUGAGGAAGCCUACUGGAAGGAGAUACGAUAUGAUUUCCAGGACGGGCUUCAUAAAGACUUCCAAUGGCUGCGGACGCCAGAGCCGGAGAGGCUGUUCGCAUUCGAGAAUGGCAAGCUUGUGCUUACGGGAAGGGAGUCCAUUGGCUCCUGGUACGAGCAGUCUCUAGUGGCUCGGAGGCAGACGCACUUUUCUUUCGACGCUGAAACGGUUGUCGACUUUUCGCCCGAAGACGAGCGCCAGUUUGCUGGUUUGACGCUGUACUACUGCCGGUACAAUUUCUUCUAUCUCGCAGUGUCAGCACAUUCAGACGGCCAGCGUGAAAUCCAGAUUAUGAGAUCAGAGGCAUCCUGGCCCGAUGAGGGAAAAGUCAAGCUGGUGGCCACAAUUCGCGGGAGUGAGCUGCAAUUCUAUUACGCUCUUGUUGCCGGCGACGGCCAACAACAAGGAGAGUUACAGAAGAUUGGACCUGUGCUGGACGCCUCGAUUGUGUCGGAUGAGUGUGGUGGACACCAGGCCCAUGGGAGCUUCACCGGGUCUUUUGUCGGCGUUGCUUGCUCGGAUUUGAAUGGGACGGAGAAGAAGGCCACAUUUGACUAUUUCGUGUAUCGUCCUGCGCAUGAUGCGACUGAUCGAUACGCAGUCUAG